AUGGACUUUGCAGAGCCCAGCAAGUACAUCACCCUCGUCUCUGGCGAUGGCUUCGAGUUUGUGGUCCUGCGCAAGGCCGCCCUCGUCAGCCCCAUCAUCAAAGGCAUGCUCGACGUGAGGAGUCAGUUCGCCGAGGCUCAAGAUGCCCGGUGCGUCUUCCAGGAGAUGAGCGCCAUGGUAUUGGACAAGGUCGUCGAGUACUUUCACUACUGGUACCGUUACCGCGACAGCGAGGAUGUUCCCGACAUGGACAUCCCGGUCGAGCUCUGCCUUGAGUUGUUGGCCGCAGCAGAUUACCUGGGCCUGGACCAGGCAAACAUGAGCUUGAAGUGA